CGGCAAUUAAAAUGAUCGAGCUCACCGUAUUAUAUUCAUCCUUUGGCUCUGUCUCCGAAUGAGCCUAUGAUAUCGUUGUGCAUCGCAGGAAGGGAGGCAGAGAGAAUGGCAAACGUUGGAACGUGGUCGCUUUGGCUCCUUGGCCUUGCAUCCUCCGUGGCUUCCAACUCUAUGUUGUCCAACAAAUGUUUAUACGAACCUGUUAUCCUCGGGGUCAAUUUAGAAUGUUUAAAAAGCGGCGACGGAGACAUUAUAUACCCGAUCAAUGAGCAGGUCCCAGUGAUGUCUACCUCUCAGGAUGGGGCAAAUACUACUACGGCAACGUUUGGGCCAUGGUCUUUCAAGCCUUCCUGCACCGACUUUAUUCCCAGUAUCCAGAGCGAGUUGUGCGUCUAUACAGAUCGUUCAUUUGCGGGUAACCGAGGGAUCUCGAUCUUCACGACUCCGCAGAUAGCCGAUGAGUUCGUUCGUUUGAGACCUUUUCAUGAUCCCGCAAUCCUUGCAGGUAUCAAUAAUCCAGAGGGUCCGUGGCAUCCUCAAAAUUUGCCUGGUAGAGGCAUUGGCCUGCUGGCAAAAACAAGAAUCGACCCAGGAGAGCGACUCAUGGCCUACACACCGCUCCUAAUCAUGCAUCAACAUCAUCAAAUAUCCAUUCCAGUGCGGGAGAACUUCCUACGACGGGCGAUUGAACAAUUGCCAGAUGCCUCUAAGGAACAAUAUCUGCGACUUGCAACUAUAUAUGGCAAUUCGAGUGUGAUCGUCCAGGACGUGAUCCAAACCAAUGCUUUCGAGAUGCAGGUGGGUGGAGAGAUGCACCUUGCAAUCUUUCCUGAGGCGUCUCGCAUGAACCAUGACUGUGCCCCAAAUGCUCAGUACUAUCUAGAUCCAUUGCGCUUGACGCACUAUGUUCACGCAGUCCGGUACAUCUCGGCGGGCGAAGAGCUCACCAUUGCCUAUUCUUCUCCUCUGGAGUUCGUAUCAAAUCGUCAGAGGCAUCUUAAGGAGUCAUUUCGCUUCACAUGCGGAUGUUCUCGUUGUCUUGCUGGCAAAACCGCUGACGCGGCCUUGGCCGAAAUGAAAUCGAUCGAGGCAAGCCUUGCUGACUGGACAAAGACAUCGACGGCGUCAACGGAGCUGGCGGAAAAGCUAAUAGAACUUUAUCGACAAGAACGGUUGGAGGGAUUUCUCGAUACCGCAUACCGACAUGCUGCAUUGACUUAUAAUGCCGUCGGUAACAGCGCGCAAGCGAAGAAAUACGCGCAACUGGCUGCAGAUUCAGGGGCAAUGAAAGAUGGACCGGAAGCCCCAAAUGUCCGAGGGAUGAAAGAGCUCCUAAAACACCCGGAGAAGCACUGGAGCUGGCGACGCCGUAUGCAACGUUAAUGGAGAUGCGGCUGCAUUGGCUGUCUUUCUAGAGGUGCUUGAUGAACUCCAAGUGUCUGUUAUAAGAGGUGCCACUCCGUUUCAAGACCGGCCCCAUUCUUUCAAUGCGUCGAACUCCCUGGCGGUUGGUACGUUAGCUGUGCCAAUUGCGAAUAGCGCAAGUGGGCAAGUCGCCGCCAUAUAUAAAACGAAUCUGGAGAACGGAAUGAUAAUCAAGGCCAUUUGGCCAUAGGGAGAGGUAAAAUAUAUCAGCCAGUGAGCUAUCCAGCGACAUAACCAUAGCGAUCCUGAACGGGGAUCGCUCUACUUCCGCUGCAACCAAAAUGCUACAUGAACAGUGAGUCGUAGCAUAUAUCCCGUGUAUGUAACUUUCAGGCCUGUCUUUGAUUCGUUUGAGACGUAUCUUGGAGAGAAUCCAAUGGAUGCCGAGAAACUCUUACAGAAUUGGAGGAAGAUGAAGAGUAGAAGUGAAAUGAAGUCGGA